AUGGAUGAUGCAAAGUUUCUGCAAGAUCCCAUGGUUGGGGAAGUGGAGCUGAAGUUCAUUCAUCAGGUCUUCUACGGCUGCCACCGCUACAGCAAGCUCCUGAAACUCUUUGUAACCAGCUUCGUCUUUAAGGUACCCGCCAUCGCCGUCAGAUCCGAGCAGAGCUUGUACCAAGUCUUGGCCUACCUUCUGUUUUUCAGGCUAGAAGAGAUGGGUUUGCAAGAUUUUCGAAAGUUCAUCUUCUGUGGCUAUGGCAGUCCGCCAGCCAUUUUCGCCCUGCUGCAAUAUGCCUUGGACAGGGAGGAACUGAACAACUGGGUCAUGCAGGAGUGGCUUAAGCACUACGAUCCCGAUUAUCUGGACGAGGACUUGCUCGGCAAGCUUCACCGUCGAGCCGAUGAUCUGAGACCAUUGAUGGACGAAAUUCAAUUAAAAGCAACCGGAGUGGCAAAGUCUGGUGGCCAACGAGGGCCUGGUACCGUGAAGUCCAGCAAGAAGCUCACCGAGUUCGAGCCCUUCAAUCUCACGGCCGUGAAGCCGAGGCUGAUACCUGAACCAGAAGAUGCGGUCCUCAAGGACCUGACCGCUCACCCCGUUCCUUCGUAUAUCAACAGGACAAGCCUUGCGACAAUACAAGAUGAAAGGAAGAAGCAGUUGGAGGAAGAGAAGGCAAAGGUUGCCGCCAAGUACUCUACAGAUGAUGAAUUCAUUUUCGAGACUGCCAAUCGGCGAGACUACGAGACGCUCAAGACACAGCUCCACGAGGAAGCAGAAAAGAAGACCAUGGCCGAAUGUACCUUCCAGCCAAAGUCGAAUAAACGCAUCAUUCCAUCUGAUGAUGCCACAGUAAGGCACAACAUGGCGCAAGUCCUUCGAGAGGAUGCCCGCGUAAGACAGACUAUGCUUGCAGAACAUGAUUUACUAAAGCAGUAUGAGGCAGAACUGCAUGAUGCUUCUGACUUUUAUGCGUGGCAAGACCGGAUGAGGAAGAAGGAUUUCCUGGAGGAGGAGGCCCGGACCAAGGAGCGCAUCAUCCAGACACAACUGGCAAGAGACGUGGCAACAGAAGCACAUGAAGCAGCGACGAGAAUGAAGACAAUCCAGGCUGAGUAUCAGAAGAAAGAGAUUCAAGUCCAGCUUGAAGCCAAAGAGCGAGAGUAUGAGGUGGAGCUUGAGCAGAAGCAGAAAGCUGUGGAGCAGACUUCGGAAGACAGGGAGAAGGCCCGCAUCGCAGAACAGGAGGUCCUUGUAGUCAAGCAGGAGCAUGCCGAGCAACGGCGGAGGAAGAAGGAGAUUGACUUGGCCAAAAGGAAGAGGGAAGAGGAGUACGAGAUGGAGCGCAAGAAGGAGAUCAUUCGCCAAAUCCGAGCUCUCGAGCGUGCACCGCGUGAGUCCGCAAAGGUUUUCGACCGUGCUGAGGCGCCGGCGCACGGCUUCUUGGAGGAGAUGUCUUACGCCGAGCUGAAAGAGAGGUUGAAGAUUAUGCAGGUUCAGCACGAGAGGAGCGUGGAGGCAAAGCGAGAGAGGCAGUUGGCAAAGAAGGUCGAGAAGCAAGAGCUCUUGACAGAGAAGGUGCAGUUGCUAGCUCGGGUCCGUGAGCAGGCCAAGGAGCACCUGCUGGAGAGUAGGGAUCAUGCAAGAAAACAGAGGGUCGCAGAAGAAGCUAAGAAGGAUCGGCACCGAGAAGACGUGCUCAUAGAGGUGGCAGCAAGACUGGAGUCCAAAAAAAGGGAGAAGAAGGACGCAGAGCGCAAGUUGCGGAGGGAACUGCAAGAGAUUGCUACCAAGCAGCAGUUCCAGCUGAGCAGCCAAGAUGCUCUGGAAUCCAAGAAGAAUGCCGACCAAGUUGCUGGCCUGAACAGGGAAGUUCUCCGGCGGCAGGAUCGACUGCUACUGGAGCAGCGCAAGCAAGACCACCUUAAGGCCCGCGCGAAGGACCAGCUGAAGAAGAAUGUGGAAUCUGACCACAAACAGUAUGCGGAAAUGCAAGAAGCAGCAGAUCGCAGAACCGAGAAAGCCAGACGCAUGGACACGGCAUUCAAGAACGAGGUUGCAGAUGCAUACCGUCAUGCGCGAGAUCUGCAGUACAGCCAUGAAAGCAAACACCUCGAAAUGUGCGGCCAUUCAGCCAACGCGUACUGGAAGAGGUGUUCAAGCCUUCCAGCCUUGCAUGUUUAA